AUGUAUAUUACUGACACCGCUUGUAUUGAGAAUACAAGGAUGGAUAGGCGAUGCUUUCAUAAUUUGUGUGAUUUAUUGAAAACUGUUGGGAUGCUUCAACCGUCAAGGCACAUGGGGAUAGAAGAGCUGGUUGCAAUGUUCCUUCACAUAUUGGCGCAUGAUGUUAAGAAUCGGGUAAUUAAAAGACAAUUUAUGAGGUCAGGGGAAACAAUAAGUAGACAAUUCAGCAAGGUGUUGCAGGCUGUGUUACGGUGUCACACUGUACUACUUAAACGCCCUGAACCCGUCCCUCAAAACUCAACUGACAACAAAUGGAAGUGGUUCAAGAAUUGUCUCGGAGCUUUGGAUGGGACCCACAUAAAGGUUAAUCCGCUACAAGUUGAUAAGCCAAGAUACCGCACUAGGAAGGGUGAGAUUGCAACAAACGUGUUGGGUGUUUGUUCGCAGGAUUGUCAAUUUAUUUAUGUCUUGGCCGGAUGGGAGGGAUCAGCAGCAAAUUCAAAGGUUCUGAGAAAUGCAAUCUCUCGUCCAAAUGGAUUAAGGGUCCCAAAAGGUUACUAUUAUUUGGCUGAUGUUGGUUAUAUGAAUGGGGAAGGAUUCCUUACACCUUAUAGAGGGCAAAGAUACCAUCUUAAUGAGUGGAAACACGGGGCACAGCCAACGACACCGCAAGAAUUUUUUAACAUGAAACACUCAGGUGCUAGGAAUGUGAUUGAAAGAUGUUUUGGGUUGUUGAAGGGGCGUUGGGCCGUUAUAAGGUCAAAGUCUUUUUACCCGGUCAAAACCCAAUCUAGGAUAAUCAAUGCAUGUUGUUUGCUUCAUAAUCAUAUAAGGAACGAAAUUCCUAUUGACCCAUUGGAGGAUAAUACUUUGGACACGGCAGUGACUGAAGACAACUUUGAAGGACAUGAAAUGAUAAUGCAUGUUGAGUCCUCUAAUGCGCGGACAAGGUGGAGGGAUGAAUUGGCUCAACAGAUGUUUGACACGUGGAGGAAUGGAACUUGA